CGCAUGAGUGACAUCCGAGCCUUCUUCACGGCGACCGACCGGCCGAAGCGAGCCGCCGCCAGCCGCAGCAGCGCCGAGCCAGCGGCCAAGAAGGUCAAGGAAACCCCAACGUCGACAGAAGCGGCGCCGGCAGAGGUCGCGCCGACCACGACCACCUCGGCCGCGCCGGCGGCGUCCGUGGGCGACCUCUUGACCGAGCUCACUUGGCGCGAGAUGCUCGCCCCCGAGUUCAAGAAGAGCUACUUCAAGUCGCUCGACGCGUUCCUCGUGCGGGAGCAACAGAAAAAGCCAAGAUCUUUCCGCCGAAGAGCGAGAUCUUCACCGCGCUCAACCUCUGCCCGUUCGAUAAGAUCAAAGUGGUCAUCCUCGGUCAAGACCCGUACCAUGGCCCCGGCGCACGGUCUCUGCUUCUCGGUGCAAAAGCCCGUGCCGCCGCCGCCGAGCCUCAAGAACAUCUACAAGGAAGCGAUGGCGGACGUGAACAUUCCCAAGCCAUCGCACGGCUGCUUGCUCUCAUGGUGUGACCAGGGCGUCUUGCUGCUCAAUACGGUGCUGACGGUGCGCGCGACCGAGGCCAACUCGCACAAGAAGCAGGGCUGGGAGACAUUUACGGACGUCAUCAUGCGCAAGAUUAGCAAGGAGACGUCCGGCGUCGUGUUCCUUCUCUGGGGCAAACCGGCGCAGGAAAAAAUUGCAUUGAUCGACCGGUCCAAGCACUGCGUCCUCACGAGCUCCCACCCGUCGCCGCUCGGCGCCACCAAGACGGCCGAGCCUUUCAUCGGGUCGCGCUGCUUCUCCAAGACGAACGCAUACCUUGUCCAGCAGGGCAAGGACCCGAUCGACUGGACCGUCGAGUAAGCGCCACAGGGUGAGACCUGGCUUGCGCGUCGUAAUAUAUAUUCGUCCAUUUGCAUUGCCA